AUAAAUAUUUUUAUUUUCCAGAUCUCAGAAAACAAUUUUCAUUAUUAUCGAAACACAUCAUCUAUACGGAUAUUUCCAUAUAAGAUAUCAGUUUGGUUGAUGUAUUUCACAUUCCAUCGGAACUUAUUUCCAGCAAGUUUUAAAAGACUUACAAUUGAACCAUCAAAAUGUUGGAAAAAUGUACACAAAUAGGUAGUGAUCAAAAUAAAAUGACAGGAAAAUUUGAAAUUUGUGAAAAGGCUGUGGAAGAUUUACAAGAUAAUUUAUCCCGUUUCUUGCUUAACAGUGCAAAAUAUGCUGAUUUCAUGUAUAGCUAUUUUCAAUCUGGUGACACCCUUUUAAGGCCCGGUGUUGAACACUCUCCGUCGAUAUCCUUAUCUUGUGCGCUUAUAGCUUUUAACAAUUACAUCAAACAAAUGGAAUUGGUAACAGAAAAAGUAAAUACUUUAAAUAACUAUUUGAUUAUAAAUAGUCUACAAUUUAAUUCGAUUGAAGAAAUAUUUCUACCUCAGUUUGAUUCACAUUUCAAUAAUAUAGCAAAAGUUGAGGUUGAAAUUAUUGAUAAAAAUCUACAAGAAAUACCGCAAACUGUACAAAUAAUUUCAAAUAAUGAAGAUAUUAAGAAAAAUGAACUAAACUCACAAAUAUUUGUGGAAUAUGAUAAAAUAGAUAACGUACCUGAAGAUAAUGUACAUAUAAGCGAAUAUGUCAAAAAUAUAGAUAGAGAAAAAAUGGAGAUUGCAAGGACACAAAAUUAUGAUAAUGAUACUAAAGAAAACGGCAUUGAACUUGAUUCUCUUUCCUGCAAAUCUCUUACAUUAAAGACCUUAAGUACAAGAAUCUCUUCUAGUUCUUCACAAAACAUUACCUCGUCUACCUCAUCAACAACAGUUGUAUCACCACAAGACCAAUAUUUAGAUUACUCAAAUCUAAUUGUUGAUUCAGAGUUCAGCGGAGUUGUCACAUUUAUAGAAAAUACAGAGUUAUUAAGUUUUUAUGUUCAAAUUUGCAAUGAUCAUGUCUACAACUUGAACACGAACAUGAAACUUAUUCCAACAGAUGAACCUAUUAAUACUGGUGAUGUGUUUGGAAUAGCUAUGAAUGAAAGAUUUAUAUUGCGCGCAAGAAUGGAACCAGAUGGUAAAAUACAACUUAUUGAUUUUGGCGAUAAGAUUAAAUUGAGUCGUUCGUUUGAUCAUUUCGAAUUACCUAAAGAGUAUAAAGAGUUUCCAGAUAGUGCAGUACGAUGUAUAUUAACUGCAGUAAAUGAUUUAUGUGAAAGUACCGAUAAAAACAUAUUGAAACAUAUUUUAAAUAGAAUGUUUUUCACACUUUGCGAUUUUGAAAUAAUAAAUAAAACAUCCACUGCAUUAUAUGUAAAACUUUUAGACAUGGAUCUCCUAUCUACAUUACGAAAUUCAGAAUUUUCCAAUGCGAAAUCCUUUGUUACCGAAGAUUCACAUGACAAUGAUGAUAAAGUAUCCAAUAAUUCAUUUAUAAUGGAUCAUGGGAUUAAAGAAUAUCAAAAUUUAACUAAAAUUAAAGAGGCAUUGACAGCUGAAAAAUAUGAAAAUGAAAUCGAAAGUGAAGUUUUCGAGUCGCCUACCUGUAUUAGUAGUACUUGUAGAGAAACGAGUGAUUACGAGGAUCAAGAAAUCGGUACAAAUCAGAAGUUACAGCAAGACAAACAAAAUUUAGAACUGGAACUACAACAUGCAAUCUCCUCAAGCACCUAUAAAGUUUCGAAACAGUGCACUGAAACUACAAAAAAUCUAAGCGAGAAACAAGCAAUGGAUGACAACCUACAAAAGAAUAUUAAUUCUAAACAAACCAAAUUCAGUCAUGAAAAAGAUAUAGAACAUGAAAAAACUGUAAAAACCGAAAAGAGAGAUGAAAAGUUUUAUGAUAAAAGUGAAGGUUUUAUAAGUGAAUGUGGAGAAAAUUAUAGAAACACGUGCCCCAUAAGCCCAUACCGCCAACAAUCGAUUUAUUCACCUUUAUUGUUUACAAAAGAAGAUAAAUACGAUCAAGAAAUACCGGACUUGAAUAUCACAAAAGAAGAACAAUGCGUUCCAAUAAAUAAAAGUUUAAAUGAAGAGUUAAGUAAAUAUAUUAAAGGUAUAUCCGGUAUAAAAGAAGUUAUAUGCCACGAUCGAAACACUAACAUUGUUGAAGAUAAAAACUUUGACGCUAUAGUAAAGAAAAAUUAUAGUACUAGAACUGAUCAUAAAAAGACCACCUCGUACUGCGAUGAAAUCAAAAAUAUUGAAAUAGGGUGCAAAAGCAGUAACCGCACUGAUUACAGCGUUAAAAAUACGACUGAUGAUGUUCCCAUUAACUCGCAUACUCCAUUCAUCAAAUACAAAUAUCGAACAAAUUUCAAGAAAAAAUUAAAUUCUUCACUCCAAUCAUAUUACCAACCUAUUGACGAUGAAAUUGUAAAAAUCCGUUCGAGGUACUGUGGUCGAGAACGUGAGAAGAUUAUAUAUCCUAUGCAUGAACUGAAAAAUUUUAAAAAAAUAAACAAAACAGUUGCAAAAACUGCAACAGAUUCAUUUGGUACUUACACAAACAUCAUAAAGGACAGGCACAAGAAAAAUUAUUUUUCUAAUAUAAUAAAAGAUAAUAUUUUAAUAAAAUAUUUUCAUCUAUCUAAUACCACAUGUAAAAAUUCUGAUCCGUACAAAAAUGAUAAUCUAAGGAAACGUGUGACUCAAAUCAGGAAUGAAGUUGAAGAAAUGCAACGUUCGUGCAAUGAUGAAAAAUACAAUUUUUCCAGUUAUUUAUAUCAAAAAGAUUCCAUAGAUAAUUUAAAUACAGACGCAUUACAUAAUGUAAAUAGUCUAAAACAACCGAUAAAGUAUUACAAAGAUGCUAAAGAUAAAAUGGAUCAUCGCUCACAGUUCCGUAGUACAAAAACCUUUGAAGAAGAAAAAUAUGUUGAUAUAAACCACAAAUCAAUCUUGUACAAGAAUCUGCCCGAAAAAGCUACUAGAAGUGCAUACUAUAAGUUUAAAACGAAGCAAAUAAAAGAUAGUUACUGCCACUCUUCUUCUGGCAUGAAAAAAUUGACAAAACUACCUCAAGAAAAACAACGUCAUUCGUAUGCAAAACCAUCACAUGCCAAAACUAAAGGUUCAACUGUACCUCAUACGAGGAUAGUAAAAAAACACACAACAGUGCCACAAGUAGAAACUGCUCAACAAAUAUUUCCACGUGACGUCUUACAAGAGAACUGUAUACCAUUUAAAAAGUCACGUCCCAGAACUGAACAUGUUAAAUUCUAUAUUAAGAGUCCGAUUUAUAUGCAUAGGAAGUUAGCAAGCAGAAAACCUGAAAUUCCGAAGGAAAAUAACAUCUCUGUAACUGUUUCAAGUAUAAUUGAUGUGAACAGGUUCUAUGUACAAAUUAACCAGAAAGCUACAAAUCAACCAAAAAUCUGGAAUAAUGACGAUAUAUCAGUUUCUAGAAAAUUGGUAAAACCUCCAUUGCUUGGAAAACUAGUUAUGGCGCAAUAUGUACUCGAUAAAUAUUGGUAUAGAGCAAUUAUUAAGGCCAUUGAUGAAAAAAGGAAACUUUAUGAAGUCUUUUAUGUUGACUAUGGUUUGACAGAUAAGGUGCCCUUAAGUUGUCUAGCUCAAUGUAGUGCUAGAUAUGCACAUUUACCUUUCUUAGCUUUGUGUUGCCGCUUUAAACGGAUUACGUCGGAUAUGAUAAAUGUUAGCCGACAGAAGGAAGCUGUAGAAUUUUUGAAUGUCAUGUUUUUGAAUAAAAUUUUUAUUGCGAAUAUGGAGUAUGAUGGUAUGGAAAUGGUUGUUGACAUCGCCGAUCAUUCAUUUCCGGAUAUACCAAGUAUUAUGUCAACUAUGGGUUUUAUAACAUCUUUAUGUCAUCGCUAAUUGAGAUAACAUAUAUAGUUAAAAAUAAAUUUAUUUUUUAAUAAUUUUUGUUUUGUGGAUUAGAUAGAAGUUAAUAUCAUUCAAAAAUUAUGAA